UUGUCUAUGCUUUACACCAUCAACCAUUACCCUUUGUAUAUCUAUUAUCUAUGGCCUUCGACCAUCAAUUACUUACCAUAGAAGGAGGGAAUUCACAUAGUCAAGAUGUUGAUGCCAAAAAAGAAUAGGGUAGCAAUUUACGAACAUUUAUUCAAAGAAGGUGUUAUGGUAGCAAAGAAAGAUUAUCAUGCACCAAAACAUCCUGAAUUAGAAACUAUUCCAAACCUCCAAGUUAUCAAAGCAAUGCAGUCUUUGAAAUCCAGAGGAUUUGUUAAAGAACAGUUUGCGUGGAGGCAUUUCUAUUGGUAUCUUACAAAUGAAGGCAUUGAAUAUUUACGAACAUUCUUGCACUUACCGCCCGAAAUUGUUCCUGCAACUCUUAAGAGACAAGCACGUUCAGAAGCUGCCCGACCCAGAGGAGCUGCAAUGCCUCGCUCUGAAGUAUCUAAACCUUCUGAAGACAGAGCUGGGUAUAGAAGGACAGGAGGAGUAGGUGGACCAGAUAAGAAGGCUGAUGUUGGAGCUGGUACUGCAGAAAUGGAGUUUAGAGGAGGAUUUGGACGAGGUAGAAGUGCUCCUCAAUAAAUGUUGUAAGUUAAUUAUAAAAACAAUAAAUAAAAACCUAAUUUUGUAUUUCA